AAUGUUUUCUGUUUUAUACUGACAGGUUGGGUGUACACGCUGAGAACUGAAAGAAAACCUGGCAGUGGAUGCAGACUGGGAGCCUUGACCAGCUUGUACAUAAGGGAGUGAGCGCACGAAAGCAGCAGCAGCACACAGCAUUUGCAUCUGUGUGCAGAGGAACGCGUAUCUACCGUACAGCACAUCUGACCACAUGAGAGCCCUGAUCCUGUUUGUGUGCCUGGCAGUGGGCUGCCUGGCUCAGGAACCACGACCAUGCAGAUCCCCAGCACUUCUGACAGGACAACUCUCUGUGUCCUCUCCGAGUAAGAAGCUGAUGGCCUUUGCCAAGUACAGCUACGACGCACUGGGGGAGCGCAUCCGCAUCAGAGAGAUUGGACAUUAUGGCAAAAAGACCUUCCACCAUGAUGUACUUCUACUCUACAGACAGCGUGUCAUGUAUAAGAUAAACUACAGGAACCACACAUGUUGCAAGAAGAGACUGUGUGUAGACUUCCACCCGCUGGCCAUCCCGAGGAACUCGACCCUGCUGGCACAGGUGGUGUUAGGCAGCUCCUCUGGACCGGGGGAAGGAGUCCUGGUAAACACCUGGUUGGGAGAGCUACACAUGAAGAAAGAACCAGGUACAGUACAAGGAAGCAGCAAACUACAUGAGCACUGUCACAGAGUUUGGAUGUGUCCCUGUCAGCACUGUGUUUCACAGCAACAGAACUGGAUGGGUGGUGACCAGCUUCUUCAACAAUGUCAUCGGCCUGACGGACCCUCAACAGCUCCUCAUUCCAGCUAUGUGUAAACACGCCCAGCUGGAGGAAGAGGACGGAGAGGAACCAGAGAGCUUCUUCAGCUUGUUUUAGAAUAGAAUCAUUUCACAAAUGUAGUGCACUGUGAGGAUGGCUACUGUACAGCAUAGGACUCUUUGCAUUG